AUUUUCGUUUCCUACGAACUCCAACAUUCCAUUAAGAGGCCUGUCUGGGAGGAUCGUUUAAAGGGUUGCUAGUUGAAGACGGAACAACUUAUAGUGGUGAUAUGCCUCCAGCCCUUCGUCAGCUAGCCCAAGGCGGGGAGAGUCCGAAAAUCGAUAUUGUCGCAGUACACGGACUCAACCCGAAAGGCAAGGAUGUAAAGCAACACGCUUGGGAUACUUGGCGAAAAGGAGACGGUGAUAAAGGAAAGAUUUGGCUCCAGGAAGACUUGCCGAAAAGUCUCCCGGAGGCUAGAAUUUUCCUAUAUGAGUACGACUCGCGUGUAUUCAGCGGUAAACAUGGCGAGUUUUGGGAGGCGGGAAACAAGUUCCUCGAUUGUCUGCAGGGCAAAAGACGAGGGGAUCGACUUCGGCCAUUGAUAUUGGUCGGCCAUAGUCUUGGGGGAUUGCUUAUCAAACAAGCCUUAGUCAAUGCACACGACAAUAGCCAUUAUGCAGACAUCGAAGCCUCUGUGAAAGGCUUAGUCUUCUUCGGAACCCCCCAUGCAGGCGGAAAUACCGAUUCAGCAAAAAAUAAACUCGGAUUGACUGCGGCGAAUAUAGCAAAGAGUCUAGGCUUCCCCGCCAAUGAUUCCAUCAUUAAAGUACUCACUCCAGGGUCACUUUUCGGGGACUUCCUCCGAGAAUCUUUCCGCCACCAACUCGAAAACUAUUGGAUUGUUUCGUUUUGGGAAGAAAAAAGCACUAUUGUAACAAAAGAGUCUGCUACAUUCGGCUUACCGGGCCAUCGCGAAACAAUAUUAGGUUUGGAGGCAGAUCACAGCAAUAUGUGCAAAUUCAACACCGAAAUAGAAGAUGACAAAGAUCUUUACGAUUUCGUGGAAAACAACUUUUACUGGCUAUAUGAAGAAGCCAUGAAGGAAGCAGCUAUCGGGACAAGAUUUGAAGAGCUGAAACAAACAGAGCCGAUCAAUCCAGAAAGUGAGUCAAAGCCAGAAAUGGAGCUAUCGUAGGUCAUUUUAUCUUCUGAUGGACUUUGAAAUUUAAAUCUAUGCUUGGAAUUAUACUAUGUAUUUGUUUCUUAGUUAACAUUGAAAUUAAAUGUUUCCUCAAAGCCCAACAGUAGCUGAUUAGGCAUCCAGGAGAUACCCGCAGUCUCUCACAAUUCUGUGAGUCCGUUUCAAAAAACGUAGACAAUUUGUUCAAUAUUCUCUCAAAUCAUGAACCGGACGAAUCUCUAGAUUGGAUUGUGCAGACAUCUUCUU